AAAUCGCGAAUUUGAUAGAAUUCAGUAUAUUCGAGGAACUUGUUCAUAUUAUCGAAACUAUGAUAAAAUAUGAUAAAAAUGGACCAUUUUAUUAUAUAUUGUGUGAGUGUGUAUUUGCAGAACAAGGAUAAUUCGCGAUUUAAAGUUUUCGUGAAACUUUAUGCUUUUGUGAAGUGCAUUUAGAUACAUAUAUUGGUAGUAUUAUCGUCAUUUUUUGGUUAAAUGAUUAUUUAUUUGAGUGAAAACUGAGAAAAAUAAAUAAUAACAUCGUGUUCUCGCAUAAAUCUUUGUAAAAAAUAAGAAUGAUCCAGGAAUCUCUGUUAAUUUUCUCUCAAUCAAUGCUUCAAAGGAAAUCCUUGCGAUUGACGCGGUUGAUUGAAUGUCAAUAUGCUAAUUUCGAAGAUCAGAUUUCAGAUAUCGGCUGGAAACCUACAUUUAAAAAAUAUUUUCUUCCGUAUCAUGGAUUUUUUUUUUAUCAAAGAUUUCAUUCAAAUGAAAUUUCUUAUUUUAUUUAAUCUUCUUAUUAGCUUUUUAAGAAAAUUUUCGUCAGAUUAAUUUUUCAGCACGUAAUCAAAUAAAUCUAGAAACAGGAAAUUAUUUUCCUGAGAUAAUGCUCGAAUAGUUUGUUUCAAAGUAACAAUUGGCAUUCAAAAUUGCAAAAGUAAAGAAUGUCAUGUUUUAUUAAUUUAUUUUAUGAUAUUUUAUUCUUUUUUCUCAAGAUUUAUGUUGUUAUUUAUUAUAUUUCCUUUUCAUUGAUUUUAACGUUGCGCUUCAACGUAUAUAUCUGAAUCUAUAUAUGAAUAAUAAAAAGUGAAAUUUGAAUUACAACUGUCAUACAUUAAGAAAAAAAUCUUUUCGCUUUCUUAAACAUAAUUCUGUAAUAAUGCAAGAUAAAGUUUUAAAUUGAAAAGUAUUCAGAAUUUAAGAUUUUAUCACCCAAUAAAAAUUUUCAAACAAAAUGGAAAAGUGCUGAAACUUUAAGAACUUUAAGAAUUCAUUUUAUUCAUAAUUAUAAUAAUUCAUUAAGUUUUACAUAGACAUAAAUUUUCAUUAAAACUAUAUUUUUCUGUUCGAAUAUUUUCAAGAGCUAUUAUAUGUUUAACUGUUGAGCAUAUAAUUGAACUGUUAACAUUGUUGACAUGGAGAAUACGAAACACCGGAAGUCGAGGGAAUACUCACACUAAAGUAGUUCUCGCCCACUGGUCUUUAUAAACUUUGAACACGAGGAGCAUAGUCAAACUGGAAUAUCAUCAACAAAUUUCCAAGGCUCAAGGAUUCUUUUCGAUUUCGAUAUUGUCCUAUAAUUCCAUCGAACAAUGCAAUUUAAAGAACAAUAAAAGAUUGGAUGGUAAUGAUCACGAUGAGAAAUAUGAUUCAAGAAUGAAAGAUCCAAAUUAUCUAUAGCAAAUUAACCAAAAAAAAAAAGAAAAGAAAUAUGAUUGCAUGAAGGAAAAGAAGUUAAAGAACCAAAAUUCAGAAGAUUUCAAUUAAUUUAGAGUGUGAUCACGAGAGAAUUGGGCGGAGGAUAGAAAAUGGCGGCAUACAAGUUAUCCGGAAGGGCUCGUUCAGAUUCCUCGGUGAAAUAAGGAGGAACGAAUCAUCGUAUCGUAUCGACAAGCCUCCAAGGAUAAUCAACCACGAGACGUGUCUUGACUUUUCGAGUGUCCAAGAAACCCCGUAAUGAACCCCGGUCCAUCGUUACACCUGUUGCAUGGCAAACUACUUCCCCCUUGAUCCUCGAAAUUCUUCGAUCGAUCGAAAGAAACGUCGAAUGGCGGGCGAGAGGAAAGCUUGAUUCGAUGGAACGAGCGACGCUCCAAGUUUCGAUCCAAUCGGAAUGUAGGAUGAAAUGAACGAUUUAAUCGAACGAUUCGGAGCAAGAGAGAGGAAAAGAGCGCGCGAGGGGGAGAGAGAGAGGGCAAGAUGAUCGACGGAGUGAAUGUGACAGAGACACGAAUAUGCCGUUUUCAGGAAGAUCUCGAAAUACUGGAGGAUCCUCGAAUACCGCCGUUGAAACGAAUCAGCUACGGCAUUGUUCUGCCUACCAUCUGUUGCUUCGGCAUCGUUGGAAAUAUUUUAAAUCUGAUAGUCCUUACCAGGCGCAACAUGCGAGGAACCGCUUACAUCUACAUGAGGGGUUACUCGGCAGCAGCGCUGCUCGCGCUUCUUUUCUGCAUCCCUUUUGACAUGAGAGUUCUUAUCCAUAAAGGGACAGGCAGAUGGAGCAGUUGGAUACAAGCUUUCUAUCACACUCACCUCGAGCUCUUCUUGGGGAACGGUUGUUUGGGAGUUGGAGUUAUGAUGCUGCUAGCUUUGACAGUGGAACGUUACGUUAGCGUUUGUCGGCCUGGUCAGCACACUCGUCCACUGUGCGGCCCUCCCCAUUUAACCGUGGCCCUUAUUCCCCUCGCCACGUUCCUAGUUUAUCUGCCAAAUGUGUUCCGGGAAGAAGUGGCGACUUGCCUCCUGGCGCUUGGCGGGCCUGUUAUUUAUCAGAAGAGGGAGAAUCACUCCUAUCUCGACUCGUUGUUUUAUCAAGUGUACAAAGUGGUAUUGGAAAUCGUUUUCAAAGUAGCACCGACGAUACUUUUGGCCGGUUUCAAUCUUCGAAUAAUGGUGGUUUAUCGACGAUCCUGCGAACGUCGUCGACGGAUGACGCUGUCCAGGACGACGAGCAACGACGAAGAUUCGAGAACGUUCGCGGAAGAAAAGAGGCUCGUGCUUCUUUUAGGGAGUACCAGCAUCUUGUUCCUCGUCUGCGUUAGCCCUAUGGUAAUUCUCAAUGUCACAUUGAGGGAAAGCAAUCUCAGCCACUAUCCUUACCAGGUAAUCUUCCAAAAUGCUUAUUUUUUUUAUCAAGAUGCGAAAUACGAUUACAAGCAAUGAGAUUAAAAUAUGAAAUAUAAUCCACAAGUUACAAUUGCAAGAAGAAACAAAUAAUAAUUAUUGGAGCAUCUACUGUUCAUCCAGAGAUAAAUCUGUUCAUGAUCCCUUCUAAUCUUUUCAUUAAGAUUACUUUUAUCUCGAUCUUACAGGUAUUUCGCGCCCUG